AUGCAUAGCGGCCUAAGUUCCUAUAUCUGGAUCUCUGAAGGCACUGAGAUCACUACUGAGGCUCAGCCCAAAUAUCAGUUGCCAUCUCGGACAUGGAUUAUCAUUGAAAAACUCGGGGAGGUUGCUUCUUUUAUAAACCAGCAGGAUAUCGAUCACGGUCUUAAGCCCGGAACCACAGCUGCAAAGUUUCUCUGCCACCUAAAGGAUCAUCCGGAAAAGCAAGCAUUCAUACGAAUCCAUCGUCAAAUCCCUAUCGAGGGCACCGACUUUGCUCCCCCUGGUAUCCGAGCUAGCCAAGCAUUCCCGCAAAGAGAGAAUAGAGAGUUGGAAGCAUUCAAGGCGCUGAAACGCCAGAAAUUUCGUUUUGUUCCCCCACUCCUAGGUUACCAAGAAGGCACACAGGGACCUAACGAAAUCGUUCCUGGUGGAUCUGAAGUCUUGAUUGUCUGGCAGAAAGUUCCGGGGAACCCUUUAUCCGAGGACUAUUUUUGGAGUCUCAAAGAACAGGAACGCGAAAAUAUCCGCAGAGAAUUCCGUCGGGUUUACCAGUAA